AUGGCCAUUUCUCUGUGUGGGCACAUGGAAGAGUUCGAUGCUGAAAUCGCUGAUGGUCCUGGUUAUACCUACUGUAAAUAUGACAAGGAUAUUUCGACUGGCUUAGGAGCGGGUUCGUUCCUGUUUCUUUUAGCUAGUCAAAUCCUUAUUAUGGUGGCAAGUCGAUGCUUGUGCUGUGGGAAGGCUAUGAGACCUAGUGGGGCCAGGGCAUGGGCCAUUGUCUUAUUUAUCACCUGCUGGGUGUUCUUUUUUAUUGCUGAGGUUUGUUUGCUAGCGGGGUCAGUGCGAAAUGCCUACCACACCAAAUACAGGAGUUCCUUGGGCAAUCCCCCAUCAUGUCAGACUUUGAGAAAGGGAGUGUUUGGAGCUGGCGCUGCCUUCAUCGUCUUAACAGGCAUAAUCUCUGAGCUGUACUAUGUUAGCUUUUCCAGAGCUAAUGAUGGGCAGGCUCCCUACAGCAGAGACACUGGCGUGAGGAUGGGAAACUUAUAGCUGAACUGAGUCUGGACGGUUAGAAAUGUUUUAGUAUGUAAUUUUGCUAGUCAGUUGGCUUCGGUAUUAUGAUAUGAAGUACGUACUGUGUCUAGGCUUGUGAUUUAGUAUACCUUUAUUUAGCAUAUGGAAUUGAUUGAUGAUCUUACUGAUCUUCUGUUGUUUUUCAUAUCAUCUUUUUAGUCCUUUUAAAUUUGUGCCUGCUACUACUCUCUGGAUGCAGAUCUUAACAUUUCCAUUUUAGCGUCUCCUGAUGUAAACCUCAGAUUUUUUAUUCUAUUUUGAUGAGAAAUUCUCUGACUCUUGAAUGUGAA